UGAUUCUACUUUCAUUCUCGCUCAGCAAAAUACAGGAGAAGAGAAAGAGCACUGACGGAGUUAACCUAGCUAACCACACCGACGGGUUUACUGUCUACAACCUCGACAUCAACUUAGCGAGCUCCGUUUCAUAUUUACGCGCUGGUCUUUCGGUCACCUCUAACGGACAUGUGAAGUGGAGACGCUGUGUUACUGAACAGUUCUGAGAUAUGUGAAGGAGUGGAGUUUGCUUGCUUUGGCAGCUUCCCCAGAAGCAUUCACCACGGCGGGGGACAUCAAGCCAACUGUGUGCAGGGUGGUCAUCUAUCUCCAGAGGGACAUGUCGGGAGAGAGCUGCCUGCACCAACAUUCACCUCAGGUCACUCCCAUUGUUUCACUUUCUCCAGUGGCCUGCCCCAAGACCAAGACAUACAGCCAGCGUGGUGCUGUGGGAAGCAAGUAUGUGCGGCUCAACGUGGGUGGAGUCCUGUACUAUUCCACCGUGCAGGUGCUGACACGGCAGGACAGCCUGCUGAAGUCAAUGUUCAGCGGCAAGAUGGAAGUUUUCACAGACAAGGAAGGUUGGAUUUUGAUAGACCGCUGUGGGAAGCACUUUGGGUCAAUACUCGGCUACUUGAGGGACGGAAAUCUGACCUUGCCCAAGAGCAGGCAGGGUAUCAUGGAGCUUUUGGCAGAGGCCAAGUACUAUCAUAUCCAGGGAUUGAUAGACUUGUGUCAGCAUGCCCUUCAGGAUAAUCAACAGAAGGCUCUGUGUGUUAUCCCCAUCAUCACCUCCCCAAAAGAAGAGGAGAGAUUAAUACAGGGUUGUACGCGGCCUGUAGUGAAGCUACUCUACAAUCGAGGCAACAACAAGUAUUCCUAUACCAGCAACUCUGAUGACAACUUGCUGAAGAACAUCGAGCUGUUUGAGAAGCUAUCCCUGAGCUACAAUGGACGUGUGCUCUUCAUGAAGGACGUAAUUGGAGACGAGAUCUGUUGCUGGUCUUUCUACGGACAGGGCCGCAAAUUAGCAGAAGUUUGCUGCACAUCCAUUGUUUAUGCUACUGAGAAAAAACAGACCAAGGUUGAGUUUCCCGAAGCACGGAUCUACGAGGAGACGCUGAACGCACUGCUUUAUGAGACACUUCCAGUCCCAGACAAUUCUUUACUGGAGGCCACACGCCGUCGUGCCCACUGCUGCUCUAACAGCGAGGAGGACGAGGGCGUGGAGCUGAGGGAGCGCGUCCGGCGCAUACACAUCAAGAGAUACAGCACCUACGACGACAGACCGCUUGGACAUUAGCUAUGCUGAGGACUGAGUUGUACUUGCUCUUCCAGAUAUCUUCUCCACUUGUGCCUCUAUUUUUCGUCCGGCUGUGGGCGAGAGCUCGCACUGUGUACUAGGCACUCACAUUGUGCUCUGUACAGAGCGCUUUUAGGGUACACUGUGGAGUGUGAGGUAUGCAGAGAAAGAAUAAUUAUAUUCUUUAUCCAGAACCACGCUGUAGAAAAGUUGAAAGUUACGCGUACUGUGUGCACCAUGAUUGCAUGUGUUUUGGGCAGCGGUAUCAUGUCUGUUGCUGAUGCUUCAUGGGAUUCUUUAUUUCUGGAUGUCGCUCAUUUAAAUUCCACUUAACCCCCUAACCAGUCAGGACCUUCUGCCUUGUCUAGAUUUCUAUUGUGCGCUCGUAUAACUUAAGAAUAACUCAGCCAGUUUGCAUAUUUUUCUAUGCAGUUGCUGAAUAUCACACCUGUAGGUAGAGCUGAAUGAUGAAUCAUUUUUAAAACAAGACCUCAAUUUGGAAGAGUUCCAUGUUCAAAACGCAAGAGCUGCAAUUUUAAUUACAGCCUAUAUUAGCAACACAGUUGUUUGAAGUUUUAAGUGGGGAAAUUUAACCUUAUAACAUGGAUCUUGUGGACUUUGUAGAUGAUAAGGUUCAUUGUGCAUCAUUUGAACUGUUCAAGCAAAAUGAAGUUUCGAAACCUGUAGGGCUGUAAGAUUAAUCAUUUUCAUAUCAAAAUCAAGAGUGCAAUUUUCAAAUCACAGAAGCUGUAAUUUGUAAUUAAAUCCUACAUUAUUCAACAUCGUCUUUAUAGCUUGUGAGUUUGGAAAUUUUACCUGAUAAUGCAGAGCUUGACAGCCUCAGGCCUGGAAAAAAAUGAAUGCAUUGGUCUUCCUCAGUGGAAGGAAAGGCUGGAGCUUAAUUUAUAAAAAAUAAUCACAUUUAAACCACAACCGCAAUAUUGAUCAGAAAAAUUGUAAUUCGAUAUUUUCCCCAAAUUGUUCAGGUCUGCCUGACAUCACAUAAGGUAACAGUAUCAGUUACACAUGAGAAUAAGACACAUGUAGUCAGUAUUAUUUUAUGCAGAGGCACAAGUCAUGAUUUGUUCGAGCUGAAUCCAGUACAUGGCGAUGCAGAGAGCUUGUGUUUCAUACUGUUUUUAAACUGCUUCAAGCACAAGAAUUCCAAAAGAAGUAAAACAUUCUAGACUGUCUCGCUUUUUACUACCAUCACUACCUGUUAAUGACCGGUUAGGCCAGUCGAAAGCAACCAAACGCCUGUGUACAGUUUGCUGUGUACAUGACAACACAGUUGGCAGUCUGACACACUUCGUGCAGCUUGGCCAAAUUAACAAGACUGGACUUUAUUUUAUAGGAAAUAAUCACACUUUAAAUAACAUUCACAAUAUUGGAUCAGAAAUAAAACACAAUUCUGUAUCACAAUUCCCCAAAUUGUUCAGCUCUUCCUUUAGGAUGUGAUGAGCCUCAGAUUUUAAACGGUUAACUGCAGGAGCCCUAGACUUAUUAUUCAGUUAUUAAUCUUAAGACAUUUUUCAGUGAUUAGUAUGUAAGUUAAGAGUGCGGGACUAACGUGUGGGCUCACGUACAGGUCCUUAGGCUUUAAGGGGUUAACUCGAAUUCUGAAAGUGGUGAAUUGUAUGGGUGUUUGAAAAGUGGGGGGGUGCACACCUACCAAUUUUCUGACGACAAUUACUCAAGCGUACUGAACAGUGUGGAAGUGUGAGCUUUCGCCCACGGUCAAACGUCUGUGAGAAAUACCACACUACUGGCAAUUCUCUUCUUAGACACUAUUUAACCACUGUUUAAAUCACUGCCACAUCACGGUUACGUGCUUGCUCAGUGGACUCGUGUUAUCCUGACAAUCUGGUUGAAAGACUUAAAAACAGUUUCGGUAUUCACUGUGGGGGAAAAAGCGAAAUGCAGUCACUUCAUUUAGUUGUUUAGUGAAAAAAGCACCAGCUGUAGACACUGUCAUGAUCAUGUACAUUGAAAUUUUACCUCCUUUAAAACGUUUUGAAACUGUACAGACACUAUCUCAACGGACACUAUAUGAAAUUAAUAUUUAAAGAAGUACAACAGGAUACCACUGAUUUAAAAACCAGGGGUCUGUCUCACAAAGCAGGUUCAGAGUUGUUAAAUUUCAGAUUCACAAAGCCUAACAAAUCGAACAGCGGUUAGUUUUACGAAGGCCGUUAACAAUUUUCUCUGAUAACCCAGGCUUAUUUAACAAAUAGAAAAUCUGUGUAAAUGUGUAGAAAGUAAAUUGUUUAAAUCACUAAAAAAGAAGCCACUGCAUUAGUGCUUGUUGCAUUAAUAAUUGCGAUAUGUUCUUAAUAUCUAUAGUUGCAUGCAAAAGUUUGAACACCUCUGGUCCAACUACUUGUUUUGUUGAUUUUCUAAGUGAAAAUAAGUUAACAAACUGAAAUUUGACCUUUUCUGCAGAUUUUUUGUGCACAAACUCAAAAUAUAAAUGUGCCAUAACUUUUGCACAGAACUUUUGCAUUUUAUGUUUUAUUUCUUUUACAAUAUGAUAAAUUCAGAAAACCAAAAGUAAUAGUGCAUUUAAAUGUGCAGAAAUGUAUUCUUUGUGGAGGAUGUGUUAUUUUCACUUAGAAAUUCAAUAAAACGUGAUUUGGCCCGGGGCUCUGAAACGUUUGCACACGACUGCCUCAGUAUGGCUUCAUUAAUAGCAUGAAUAUCCUUCAUGUGAUUGAAGCCACAAACAUUAUGAAGAAAAAAGCGACCCCAUCAGCACGUCAGGAACUCGGCCCCGUUUGGUCCAUCAGCUGUUGACGAAAAUCCUGAACUUCACCAGCCCUGGAGUGAAAUCCAGGAUUGGAUCAAAUUCAACUUAGCUGGCUAAGCUAGAAAUCCUGCUUUGUGAAAAGGCCCCAGAUUUGGUUCGAAAUUUGUUAACUGAUCCUUCAAUGUGACGCAGAGCAAAGUUCACUGAUUCUCAUUUUUACACUUUAUUUAUUUACCUCAAUAUUUUAAUGUUGAAACCUUUUUUUAAUAGAGACUAAUUGAGAGUCUUUCAUAAGAAUGUUGUUAAAGAAUUCAUAGCACCUUGAGUUUUCCUGAUUCACAUUUUAAGAGGCCUUAAGGCACAUUCAAGCCUUCUUGUGUAUUUGGAAAAUGCAGAACAGUGUGAACCAGAUGGAAAAUUAGGAGGUCUGGAGUGAAAAAGGCAGCCAGAAUGUGAUUUUGCCUUCACUAGUUAUAUCUUUAUAACUCUUGGUAAAUGCAGUGUAUUUUGUUAAUUGAUUUAUUUUAUCAUGCCUUUCAUACUCUUCAUAAAAUCCUUUAUUUAA